AUGUGCCACGGCGAAAACGCUUUUGCCCAGACUCAAAGCAGUUCAGAUGAAGAUGAGGAACUGGUUCUCGACAGUGUCAGCGAUCAUUCAUCAGAUCUUAAACUGAGCUCGGACGAGUGCGACACAAGUGACGACGAAGAUUUACAGGCAUCUCGGAAGUGGACGAAGCUUGAUAAUGAGAAGCUGUUGCCUCCACCCCUUCGAUUUCCCUUUCUGGCGUCUCCCGCGUGGAAGCUGUUGACUGCGCAGGAGCUCAAGGUGUUCCUCGCAUUGACACUGCCGCAAGGCAUUAUAGACAAGCCUGAACUCGCCAUGUACUGGUCGGCCAGGAGGAUUCUCCAAACCCCCAUCUUUGGUGAACUCAUGAGCAAGAACAGAUUUCACCUGAUAAUGAAGUUUCUUCAUUUUUCCGACAACGAAGAUGAGAUUGAUGAAUCACAGCACCCCCAACCGAAGCUUCGCAAGCUGUGGCUGCUGCUGUGUCUCCUCAAGGAACGGUUUCUGACCCUCUAUGUUCCUGAGAGCACUGUAGCAGUGGAUGAAAGCUUGAUGCUGUACAAAGGAAGGCUGUCCUGGAAGCAGUACCUGCCCCUGAAGCGCUCACGCUUUGGUGUGAAGUUCUUUCUCCUUUGCGAGUCUGAGAGCGGGUACGUCUCUAACCUCCUCGUUUACACCGGCGAGGGGACUGUUACGCCGGAUGCAGACAGUGCCAUGAGCACGAAGAUCGUCCUGAGCGUGAUGGAACCUUUUUUUUGCAAAGGGUACUGCGUCACUGUCGACAAUUACUACACCUUUCCAGAGCUUCGAGGAAAGUGCAUGGCCCUGCAGUGGCGCGACAAAAAGCUCGUUACCUUGCUGAGCACAGUUCACGAUGCCACAGUCGUUGAAGGCGUCAACGCCCGGAACGAGAAAGUCGUGAAGCCUGCUGCAGUUUACUACUACAACAACACCAUGGGAGGAGUCGACAAGAACGACCAGAACCUCUUGCACUACCCGGCUGUGAGAGAUGGGUAG